CCGGGGCUGAAACAAUCUAUGGCGCCUGGAGGUUGGGCGGCAUUGGCGCAGCCUUCUGGCUCGGCUGUUAUUGUUGGAAAGUCUCUUGGCUUGGACUCAGUUCACUCCCUGACAUUGAUGAUAAAGUGACUUUGCCUGCAGCUGAAGGAUCUCUUCUGCUAAAUGUUUCCCCAACAUGUCUGCUAACAAUAAUCAGUCAUCAGAAAUAGCACCAUCUUCCUCUCCCACAACAUCCAAACAUUCCACACAGACUUCAACUUCAGAGGAAGAAGAUGCUGAAGUAAAGCUAAAUGAGGAGAGUAAGGAAGAACCACAGCUUCCUGAAGAGGACCAAUAUCUGGGGUUGUAUGAGUACCUGUAUGAGGACAGCUAUGCGGAAGAACACACAUAUCUGAAGAAGGAUGAAGAGAAGCAGCAUCCGGAAAAAGAACAUCUGUAUGAAGACCUGUAUUCAGAAACCACUAUGUCUUAUUCAACACAAAUCCUGUUUGAUGAAAAAUCAAGAGAGACUUCUUACUUUAUGGGGCUAGCUCAUCCAUUCUUGGAGACUGAAGAAGAAAAGGUGUUCUGGAGAGACAGGGGCACACAGACGGAAUGGAUCUACGAGGGCAGCAGAGCAUCAGAAUCAAAAAAAAAGCAAGAAAGUCCAACAGUUUUGCUAGCUCACAUACAACCCGAUUUCGAAGAACAUGUUAAAAGCGAAGUGCCAAGAGAAAACGAAUACGAAAUGGAACUUGUGGAGUCUAUUUCAAAUGAAAAAAUUUGGAACACUAUGUUAUAUGAGCCCAUUGAGGCACUGGAAAGCAAGGACUCCGAUGACAAUCUGAACAUCACCUAUCGGACAUUGUUUAGAAACAUAAUCAAAGAAAUGUACGCUCGCAACGAACUGGAUGAGGAUAUUGUCAUCCCCCUGACUGGGCAACUGGAGAGUGAUACCCUAAAGAAACUAGGAAUUCUGUUGAAGACAAAUUUUGAAGACUACAAGGAAAUAAUUCUAUGGCUUCUGAAGAGACGUGAAAAUUUACUUAAAGCUACAGAGAAUACCUUAACAUAUAAAUUAUCAAAUAUGUCACUACCAACGGAGAAGACAGAAGAGCCUGAAACAGAGGACGAAAAAACUCCUCUUCAGCUCCAGAAGAACUUAGAAAUAGAAACAGAAGUCCUAGAGAACAGGCCUGAGGUACAUGAUGAUGAUGCAAAAAUAAUUCUCUACCCCAGUAAGAAUGUCUUCCAAAUUAUCUUUGCUGAUGGAUCGGGCCAGAUACAUUAUCCAUCAGGAAACCUGGCUUUGCUCAUCCUCAGUACCAAAAAGAGAGAGUUCACGUACAUCAUUCUGGAAGACAGUAGAAAACAGAAUGUCCGGGCCCUUAUCGACAACAGUGGUCAUGUCACCUUCUAUGAUGAAGACGAAGAAAUCUGUCACAAAUGUUGGAAAUGGGAGCUGGGCACCAUGAUGGACCAACAUGACAAAUCCCUGACUCUGAUGAAGGUUUACUAUCCGCGCCCCCACCCCACCCCCCAUUGCUUCCCCACGGGUGAAACAGAACCACAGACUCACACAACCACUUCUACUGCCGUCAUCUCCUCCGCACCUCUUGGGAGCCAAAACUUGUGGGAAUUAUCUUCGAAAGACCCAGGACCCCUCUGUUCUGAGGUUUGGGGAAGGAGGCCGUGGUUGAGCCUGAGUCAGAACCUGGGCUACUACUUCCCCAAAGGCAAAUUCCAGAAGGCCUGGAACUGGUGGAACCUGAGCAUCCAUGUCCACGCACCCCCAUUCUGCUCCAUCUCCUUGGAAAUCAAUAAGUACAUCAAGAUACAAAUAAGAAGCCAGGAUAAUAUCAAGCUCUGCUUCACCCACCAAGCACAGAGGAUUUAUUUAAACCUGGGCACCAAGUACAAGUUCAUACCCCCAGAGAUUUUAAGUGAAAUGGAGAAGAAAACAAUCCUAGAGGUGGAAAUAGAUUCAAGGGUUCAGAAGAUCCAGGUCCUUCUGGGAAAAAUGAGCAAGAUCCUAAACAUCCUGACCAUCUCUGAUUUGGAAAGCUUCAUCAAUGUCACCGGCAUCUUGCUAGAGAAUGACGAGUUUCUGAGGAAAGGAUCUAAUGUCUCAUCCACCAAAUGGUCCAAGGAUUUCUCCAGCAACAGGCAGAUGAUUCGGAAUAAGCAGUCGGGAGCACCAGUCUUUUGAGAGUUGGUUUGAAAUUUGUCACAGUUCCUUGGUUUAAAAAAAAGGAGGGUGUUUUCAGGAGGCCUACAAAAUGUGUGGCUGAGCACAAAAAGACCUAAAAAUCAGCUGUGACCUGACAGCAUUACAAGCAAGUUAUUUCAGUAGGCAAUACAUGUCAAUA